AUGGAUGCGGCUUACUUCUACGAAGAGUUGUUCAAAAGUCAACAAAGUGAUAUAAAACUUUUCAAACUAUGGUGUAAACGCACAAAAUUCCUGGGGCUGACUCCUUACAGUUUAAAGACAACGAAACUCCAAAAAUUCGUCUCUUGCGUCAUUAUCUCUCCCGCACUAGCCUUUUUGAUAUUCUUCAUGUAUACGGAUUCGAGGUUAGCAAUAGAAGCUUUAGAGGUGCAGGACCAGUUUAUACAGAUUUUGCUCCACUUGAGCGAAUUGUUCUUCAUGAUUGCCAUCUUCCUCAGCGGCAAUUUGCUUUUUGAUAAGAACUGGAGGAAACUUUUCACCUCUUUGUACCAAACGGAAUUACUGGUCAAAAAACUAAACUCGAAAUACACCUCCAAGAGCUUAUGCUUCCUAUAUCUUGAGCUAUUCAUAAUUUUUGCCAUCUGCCUACCUCUUCACGUGGUCCAAAUUUUCUUUUUACUGAAAGCAAAGCAAUUCGCGAUAGCGUUUAUAAACUUUGGAUGGUUCACCAUAGACAUAUACAGCGUGAUAACCUUGCUGUUACUGCUACCACUGAACAAAAUAUUAAGCGGGCGGUAUCAGUUCCUAUGCCAGUGCCUUGAGACAGCAAGCCAGUAUAAACGGGAAGAGAAACGUGGUCUUGUUGAGGUAAAGUUGGUCCUGAAGGUGUACAGAUUAUGUCAUUGUGUGGUGAAGGAAGUUAACACGAUAUUUGGCUGGCACGUAUACUUUUACAUAAUUAAGAACCAGAAUUUCCUCAUAACUCUUAUUCAACACAAUCUUUUGGCGCAGAUGGGCGAGAGAACCAUUAGUGAACAAUUUGGGCAGAAUGUAGUAUAUUGUCUGUCAUAUGUGAUCUGUAUGAUACUGCUGAUCAUGUCAUUCGACUCAGUCGAGACAAGCGGGAAGAAACUGAUUAUGACUUGCUACUUGCUUCAUGAAAGCUCCGAGAGUCCACUAAUAAAAGAGCAUCUCCUUCAACUGGCUAAAUUCGCAGAAGAAUGGAAACCAACGUUUUCAGCUGCUGGAUUCUAUACUGUCAACAAACUGACUCUGUCUUCUAUUUUUAAGGCUACUAUCAAGUAUUUAGUGGCCUUGAUGCAACUCAAUCUUGCUAUGGCAGAUUCAUCAUCAUCGCGAGAGAAUUAA